AUGGUGCUUUCAUGGCAGGGUAGUUCUGCCGGGUGACUUAGACCUGAGCCAGAUCUGAUGACUCCAAAUUUGGGCUCCUCCGCCCGUUGCAGUACACGUUUGGAACCGAAAUGUAGUAGUGAAGAGAAAUAAUGACUGUGAAAAUUAAACAGCUGUUUAAUUUGAAAGCAUUCCUGGAACCCAGCUCUCCUAAGUUCCUGCACUGUUCAUUGACAUUACGCUGGUGUGUACAGACUUCCGUUGGUGUUUGUCACGUAUACAUCAUGGGAAAUCUCAAGAUUGAUCAACCUUUUGAUUGGCACGGAAAUUGUUCGUUUGGAUUCCCGUCCCUAGUUAGAUUAUAGUCAUAGCCAUCUACAGUCAUAAUGUCUAGCACAUCAUAGAUAAAAUUAUGGGGCAGAUAUUCAGUACCAUAAUUGAUUUGAAUGACACCCUGACCCUUGUUUCCUGAUUUCCUAAAAAGAAAAAACAAACACCCCUCCCCCCCAACUGUUCCUGUUCCACUGUUCUCCAAUUUACUGUCCAAGAAUUCCUGGGACUCUCAGAAAUUAUUGUAAGGGUUCCUGCAAAUCCACAUCUCCAGAUGUCACCCAGAAUCUAUCCGAUCUCACGUGAAUAGAUGUUACUGCUUUUUAAAAGUGUGCAGGUUAAAGUUGGUGAAUUGGUUAAAAAGACACUAUGGAGACUAAGGACCAGAAGAAACAUAGAAAGAAAAACAGUGGACCCAAAGCUGAGAAGAAAAAGAAACGGCACUUGCAGAAUCUCCAACUUGGAGAUGAAGAAGAUGCCCGGAAAAGGAACCCCAAAGCUUUUGCAGUCCAGUCUGCUGUGCGGAUGGCUCGAUCCUUUCACAGGACUCAGGAUUUGAAGACAAAAAAGCAUCAUAUUCCAGUGGUUGAUCGAAUGCCACUAGAGCCCCCACCGAUAGUGGUGGUGGUUAUGGGACCUCCAAAAGUUGGAAAAAGUACUUUGAUCCAGUGUCUUAUUCGGAACUUCACCAGGCAGAAGCUGACGGAAAUCAGAGGCCCUGUAACGAUCGUGUCAGGCAAAAAGCGCAGACUCACCUUUAUUGAAUGUGGAUGUGACAUUAACAUGAUGAUUGAUCUAGCUAAAGUAGCAGAUUUGGUUCUGAUGCUCAUAGACGCCAGUUUUGGGUUUGAAAUGGAAACAUUUGAAUUUCUGAACAUCUGCCAAGUACAUGGUUUUCCGAAAAUUAUGGGUGUUCUUACUCAUCUUGAUUCCUUCAAGUAUAGUAAACAACUGAAGAAGACAAAGAAACGAUUAAAACAUAGGUUCUGGACAGAAGUCUACCCGGGUGCCAAGCUGUUCUACCUUUCUGGAAUGGUACAUGGAGAAUAUCAAAACCAAGAAAUUCACAAUCUGGGCCGUUUUAUUACCGUUAUGAAAUUUAGGCCUCUCACAUGGCAAACCUCUCACCCAUAUAUCCUGGCAGACAGGAUGGAAGAUUUGACAAAUCCAGAAGAUAUCCGAACAAAUAUCAAGUGUGACCGAAAGGUGUCUCUCUAUGGUUAUUUAAGAGGAGCGCAUUUGAAAAAUAAAAGCCAAAUUCACAUGCCAGGUGUAGGAGAUUUUGCUGUGAGUGAUGUCAGUUUCCUCCCAGACCCCUGUGGGCUUCCUGAACAACAAAAGAAGCGCUGUUUAAAUGAGAAAGAGAAGUUGGUUUAUGCACCUCUGUCUGGAGUUGGUGGUGUGCUAUAUGACAAAGAUGCUGUCUAUGUUGACCUUGGUGGUAGCCAUGGCUUCCAGGAAUCGGAUGAGACAAGGCCUAACCAUGAACUGGUCCAGAGUCUCAUUUCCACUCAUUCCACUAUUGAUGCCAAGAUGGCUUCAAGUAGAGUGACACUUUUUUCUGAUUCUCAACCACUGGAGUCAGAGGAUAUAGAUAAUCAAGGGCUGUGGAUGCCAAAAGAGGAAAAGCAGAUGGAUUUGAAAACUGGACGAGUACGUCGUAAAGCUGUUUUUGGAGAUGAAGAUGACUCUGGAGACAGUGAUAAUGAAGAUGAUGAAGAAAUGUCUGAAGGUGACAGGUUGGAAAAUAACUCCAGUGAUGAUGAAACAGAAGAGGAGGAAGAUGCUGAAAUGCCUGAUAAAGGCUAUACGACUGGUAAAGGUUUCAAACGGCAGAGGCUUGAAGAGCAGGAAGAAGAUGUUGAGGUGGAUUUGCCAGCGUUUGCAGACAGUGAUGAUGACCUUGAGAGGAGUUCAGAGGAAGAAGGAGAAGCAGAGGAAGCCACUGAAAGCAGUGAAGGAGAAGAUUCUACUGCAGAAGGAGAGACAGAUAUUUCAGAAUAUAAGGUUGUUGGAGAAAGUAGUAAACCAAGACUAUUACAAAUUAGUGGUUUGAGUGAUAGUUUGAAUCUGGAGAAGUCUUCAACAUUGAAAAAAGCAGCCCUCACCACUUCAGAUUCAGGUCAUUGCACAGCUGAAGAGGCAUUUGCUUCUGAAGAUGAAGAAGAAAGCUCCUCUCUCAGUAGAGAUGAAGAGGAUUCAGAAAAUGAAGAAGUUAUUAGAAAAAAGUUUCCAAAGCCUUCUCAAGUGAUCAGUGAUCAGAAACUGGCCUCAGAUAACUUAAUUGAUGAUGAAGAGGAUUUACUCAAAGAGGAAGAAGAUUACAAGGAAGAAAAUAACUAUUCCACAGAAACUUCAGGAGCCCUCAAGUGGAAGGAGGACCUUUCUAGGAAGGCAGCUGAAGCCUUUUUGAGGCAGCAACAAGCAACUCCAAACCUUCGAAAGCUUAUUUAUGGGACAGUGACAGAGGAUAAUGAAGAAGAUGAUGAUACCAGGGAAGAGCUUGGAGGAUUGUUUCGUGUCAGCCACCCUUCCAGAGAGUGUAAGCACAAGGCUGACUCUUUGGACUGCUCCAGAUUUCACGUGGAAGCACCCCAUGAUUGGGAUUUAGAAGAGGUUAUGAACACUAUCAGAGAUUGCUUUGUGACUGGGAAGUGGGAAGAUGAUAAAGAUGCAGCCAAGAUCUUAGCAGAAGAUGAAGAACUCUAUGGUGACUUUGAAGACCUAGAAACAGGGGACGUGCACAAAGGGAAGUCUGGCCCAGAAACUCAGGUUGAAGAUGUCAAGGAAGAAGUCAAGGAAGAAGUUGACCCAAAUGAAGAAGAAAGUGCCAAGAAAAAGCAUUUGGAAAAAAAGAGAAAAUUGAAGGAAAUGUUUGAUGCAGAAUAUGAUGAGGGAGAAAGUACCUAUUUUGAUGAUCUUAAAGGAGAAAUGCAGAAACAAGCACAGCUUAAUCGGGCAGAAUUUGAAGAUCAAGAUGAUGAAGCCAGAGUUCAGUAUGAGGGUUUUCGACCUGGGAUGUAUGUCCGAAUUGAGAUAGAGAAUGUUCCCUGUGAAUUCGUGCUUAAUUUUGACCCCCAUUACCCAAUUAUUUUGGGUGGUUUGGGCAAUAGUGAAGGCAAUGUCGGCUAUGUUCAGAUGCGUCUGAAGAAACAUCGUUGGUAUAAGAAAAUUCUCAAGUCCCGAGAUCCAAUCAUUUUUUCUGUAGGGUGGAGGAGGUUUCAGACCAUUCCACUCUAUUAUAUUGAAGACCACAAUGGAAGACAGAGGCUUCUAAAAUAUACCCCGCAGCAUAUGCACUGUGGAGCAACCUUUUGGGGACCUAUCACUCCACAAGGAACUGGGUUCUUGGCAGUCCAGUCUGUCAGUGGCAUAAUGCCUGAUUUCCGGAUAGCUGCCACAGGAGUGGUCCUUGAUCUGGAUAAAUCCAUAAAAAUUGUGAAGAAAUUAAAGCUCACUGGUUUUCCAUAUAAAAUUUUCAAGAACACUUCAUUUAUUAAGGGAAUGUUUAACUCUGCCUUGGAAGUGGCUAAAUUUGAAGGUGCUGCAAUUCGAACUGUCAGUGGAAUAAGGGGACAAAUCAAGAAAGCGCUCCGGGCUCCAGAAGGAGCUUUCCGGGCCAGCUUUGAGGAUAAGUUGCUGAUGAGUGAUAUUGUCUUCAUGAGAACUUGGUACCCUGUUUCCAUUCCAGCCUUCUAUAACCCAGUAACCUCUUUGUUGAAGCCAGUCGGUGAGAAAGACACCUGGUCGGGAAUGCGGACAACGGGUCAACUCCGUCUUGCUCAUGGUAUCAAACUAAAGCCCAACAAGGAUUCUCUGUAUAAGCCAAUUGUGAGGCAGAAGAAACAUUUUAAUUCAUUGCACAUUCCAAAAGCUUUGCAGAAGGCCCUGCCUUUUAAGAACAAGCCCAAGUCUAAAGCAAAGGCAGGCAAGACGCCAAAGGACAGGCUGAGACCAGCUGUCAUACGGGAGCCUCAUGAAAGAAAGGUCCUUGCACUGCUGGAUGCUCUGAGUACUGUGCACAGUGAGAAGAUGAAGAAGGCCAAGGAGCAACGACAUCUGCACAAUAAAGAACACUUCAAAGUGAAACAAAAGGAGGAAGAAGAGAAACUGAAGAGACAGAAGGAACUCAGGAAGAAGCUGUUCCGAAUUCAGGGUCAGAAAGAAAAGAGAAAUCAGAAGUCUAGCUUGAAGGGGCAUGAGGAGCAUUAGAAGCCAGCUCUAUACAGAUAGACUCAUUUGGAUCUUCAGAGACGGAUAGUUUCAGGUAUUAUUGUACUUACAAAUAACAAGUCAAGGGACGGGGCCAAGAAAGAUCUCUUUGUUGGAUAUACUGCCCGAUGGUGCCUUUGAGAAGAGAAAUGGAAAACUGCUGAUAGAUGAACCUGUUUAUUCUCAGCAUCUAGGUCAAGACUUAAAGCAUUGUAAUUUGUAGUUUUAUAGAUUCCUUUACACCACUUUUACCUGUCUUAGUUUGAUUUUUGUACCACAAAAAUAUUAAAAUAUUUUCCUCUUAAUUUUGGCUUAGUAGUUUUUAUUAGGAAAGAAUGUUUGAUGGUUGUGGAUAACUGUUUAUUUUAUACCUUCAUGUAAAUCUUCCAGAAGGGCAAAAAAUAUUAACUUAGAACCUUAGCUUUAAUGUAAAAUUUUAGAGAAGUGUAUUAUUUUGGUUUUUUGUCUGCCAUAUGUUGUAUUCUUUGACUAAUCAAUGUUUUAUAUCUUACUUCACCUGCUUUUUGUGUUAGUGUAAUAGGUAAAUACUGUUUUAAACAGAGGCUUGCUAGUUUUGCUAUGUAUAAGGGCUGAGAAAUAAUGUAUAUUAGGCUUUUUGUAUUACACUCAUUCAUUAACACCCAGCCCUUUAUUUUUAACUUGGACUUUUUGUUGAGAUAAUGGUGCAUAUAUAUGAUUAUAUAUUGAUAUAGCCCUGCUAUAAUCUUAGAUCCACAUAUAGUUGUACACUUUCCCACAGUUGUAAUAUUUUACAAAAUUAUAGUGUAAAUAUCAUAACCAGGAUAUAUAUUUCUAACUAUUUUUUAAAAAAAAUUUUAUUGUAUUUUGUUUCUUACAUCAUUGUAGUCCCCAUAGUUCCUAUGCCACCGUAUCACCAUGAACCAUCACCAUGUUCCUUUGUGUUCUUCCCUUCCUUGUUUUUCACCCCACCUGUUCCCUCCUUUGUUGAAUGCCUCAGUUCUAUGGUCAGCUUGCUAGUUUUGACUUUUUCUUGACCUUUCAUUUGGAUUCUCUAUAUUCCAUAUAUAAGUGAGACCAUCUGGUGUUUAUCUUUUUCCUUCUGACUAAUUUUGGCUAGUAUAAUCCCUUUCACCUCCACCACAAUGGCUUGAGUUGCCACAAAUGGCUUGAGUUUGUCUUUUUUGAUCACUGAGUAGUAUUCCAUUGUAUAAAUAUACCACAACUUUUUGAUCCAUUCAUCUAAUUUUGGGGCAUUUAGGUUUCCAUAUCUUGGCUAUUGUAAAUAGUGCUGUGAUUAAACAUAGGAGUGCAGGUUUCCUUUUGAAUUAGUGUUUUUAUGUCCUUUGGGUAGAUUCCUAGAAGUAGAAUCACUGGAUCAUAUGGUAGAUCUAUUUUUAGUGUUCUGAGGAACCUUCACACAGCUUUCCAUAGUGACUGGACCAGUUUACAUUCCCACCAGCAGGAUAAGAGGGUUCCUUUAUCACCACAUCCUUGCCAGCAUUUGUUGUGUCCAGUUUUUUUGAUGUGGGCCAUUUUUGUAGAUCUUUGAUAUUAGUCCCUUAUCUGCACAACCAGAUAUUAACAUUGAUAGGGUCCAUUGAUUUUAUUCCAAUUUCCCAUUUUACUUACAUUCAUUUGUGUGUGUGUAUAAAAAUACAGGACACUUCACAAAAUUUCAGGUCAUCCUUGCACAGAGACCAUUCUACUCUUCUCUGUUUUCAGUUUUUCACCCCAAAGUAAAUUCCCCUGGGGCUAACAAUAGAUUUCCCACUAGAAUUGUAAUAAGUUGACCUAAUUUGGAAGAUUUUACAAAACUCUCCUUGGGUCUCCAUAACUGCUUUUUACUACUCUGCAGAAGAGAAGAUGAGAUAAUUCUGCAAGAGCCACAUCUUCAUAGAAAGUGAUAGUAGGGACACUGUCACUUUUAAUGAACCGAGGUGUCAGUUUUCCUUCAUUCCUCAGCAGUAGUUAGGAAAUAUGCUAAUAAGUCUGGAGACUGACACAUAAUAUCCCUAUAAAAGUUAGAAAAGUAUUUUAGACUAAUUUCCAUUUUUUUACAGGUACAUUUUAAAAUAUGAAACUAAAUAAAAAAUAUAGGCUGUAACACCAAGUCUUCCACAAUUUGCAACUUUUUUUUUGCCGAAUAUAACCUAGCUUUAAGAGUCUACAAUUAGAAAAUGAUGGAAAAAUAAAAGAAUAUUUAAGCACAGUUGCAGAUAAUUGUCCUUCCUAAAGACAGUAUAUAUGUAUAAUAAUUAAGGUAACAUUGCUAUAUAACACUGAUUCAGAGAUACAGGAGACGACUAUUCAGAUCUAAGUUAGCACACCACCUACCACCAAAGUAGUCAUGUGCUCCACCAUAGUCUGAUGGGCUCCCUCACCCUUUUUCUCGUCACCCUUCACCUUCCUAUCCUCCUCUGGUAGCCUCAAUUCUACAGUCUAAUUUCUAGGGUUUGUUUUUGGUUUGGUUUCGCCUGACCCUUUUGUUUCUUUGUUUUCUGACUGAAACCGUCUGGUCUUUCUCCAUUUUGUCUCUUCAGACCAUUUGCCUUUCUCCUGACUUAAAAUUUCCUUAGCAUAAUCCCCUCCAGUUCCAUUCAUGUAGUUGCAAAUGGUUCAUCCUUAUAUAUAUAUAUAUAUAUAUAUAUAUAUGUAGUAUUCCAUUGUGUAUGUGUACCACAGCUUUUCAAUCUACUCAUCUGCCCUUGGGCACUUAGAGUGUUCUAAAACUUGGCCAUUGUGAAUAGUGUUUCAUUGAACAUAGGAAAGCAUAUCCCUUUGAAUUGGUGUGUUUGCAUUUUUGGGUAGAUACCUAGGCAUGGAAUUGCUGAAUCAUAUGGUUGAUCUAUUUUUAAUAUUUUGAGAAACUACCAUAUUGUUUAACUUAGGGACUGGACCAGUUUACAUUCCAACCAAUAGUAUACGAGAGUUCCUUUUUUUUAAAAAGAUUUAUUUAUUUAUUUAUUCAAGCACUGGGUACAGUCAGAAGCACAUGAGGGUGAGAGAUUUCACUAGAGCUAGAGCGGGGAACAGAACAGGCAGACCGACGAAAUACAUUGCUGAGGGGAGCAGUGGGCAUGGCAGGAGAGGUCUGCGUGCCAUGUGGGACCCUCACCAGUGGUUGGGGAUCGAACCGGCGCUGCAGAGGCUGCGGGCAGCUUUGCAGCCCAGCGCUCAACUGCUGCGCCACCAGGGGAGGCCCAGGUCUCCUUGUUUUAAUGAUAGCUUUAUAUCCAACUUUUUAGUCCAUUUUGAGUUGAUUUUUGUGUAUGGUGUGAGAGAGUGGUCUAGUUUCAUUCUGUAGCAUAAGACUGUUCAGUUUUCCCAACACCAUUUGUUGAAGAGAUUUUCCUUUUUCCAAUAUAUACUCUUGGCUGCUUUGUUGUAGUUUAGCUGUUGUCCAUGUAACUGUGGGUUUAUUUCUGGGCUCAAUUCUAUUCCUUUGGUUUGUGUGAUCAUUUUUAAAUUCUAGUACCAUACUGUUUUGAUUACUCUUGCUUUGUAGUACAGUUUGAAGUCUGGUAGUAUGAUGCUUCUGUUCAUUUUUUUGAAUCAUAGUUUCAUUUGACUUUGGGGUCUUCUAUGAUUCCGUAUAAAUUUCUGAUGUGCUAUUCAAUAAUGUUUGCUCUACUUUUUUUGAAGAAUACCAUUUUAACUUUGAGAGGGAUUUUAUUGAACUCAUAUAUUAUUUUGGAUAUGGCCAUUUUAACAAUGUUAAUUCUUCCAACCUAUAAGCAGAGAAUCUUUCCAUCUCUCUUCUAUUUCUGUUUGUAGUAUCUUAUAACUUCCAUUGUACAGGUCCUUUACUUCCUAUGUACUCUUCCUCUUUACUAACACUGGCAUUACCAAUACUUGUAAUUUUAGUUGUUCUAGGGAAUGUGUAGAGCUAUUGUUACUGAGAAUAAGCCUGGUUCUGCUCCCUAUCACUACUAAAAAGCCAAUAAGAGGAAGACAAUUGAAUCUAUUAGCACUUUUUUUUUUUUUUAAGAUUUAUUUUACUUAUUUAUACUGGGUAUAGUCAGAAGCGUGGGAGGGUGAGAGAAUGAGCCAGAGCCAGAGCGGGUAGCAGAAUAGGCAGGCAGACGGAGGAUACUGCUGAGGGGAGUAGUGGGCGCGGCAGGAAAGGUCUGCGUGCCAUGUGGGACCCUCGCCGGCGCCUGGGGAUUGAACCAGCGCUGCAGAGGCUGUGGGCAGCUUCACAGCCCAGCGCUCAACCACUGUGCCACCAGGGAGGCCCCUAUUAGCACUUUUAUUUUUCAGAUCGCUGCACAGUGAUCUGAGAGAACAGAGGGCGUAGCUCCCUGAAAAGACUGUUUUUGCAUGGCCUUUGAUCUGAGAGAAUGGAGAGACCAUUCUGCCAUCUCAUCUUGAGAUGCCCUUUUUAUAAUGAUUUAAACAAAAACAGUCAUAGCCCAUCAUAAUAGCCCGUUAUAGUUGAUAUUGUUGGUAUUCACCUUGUUCAGCCCCCAGAAUUUGUUCUGGUUUCUUGGUUAUUUUGACCUUGGUACAUCCUGGCCUGAUUGGUUUAUUUCUGAUGGUGUCAGUGUCCAGCCCUCAUUUAGACAUCAGGAAUUUAGACAAUCAGGGCAGGAAUUUCAGUUCAAAGUAAGAGUUUUAGUUUUAAGAAAACAGAACAUUAGAGUGUGUACAUGCAGCUUAUGCUAGGUGUGUAUGUGCAGAUUCCUAUAUUAGGUAUGGUAUCUUUCCCUUUCAUUUUAGUCCUGAAUCACUAGCUCCUUAUGGUUUUAAUUUGAAUUUCCCUAAUGGCUAAGAAUGGUGAGCAUCUUUUCAUAUGCAUUGUUUACUUUGGUGAAUUUUAUGUUCCAGCUUUUACCAACCUUUUAUUUGACUUGUUUUCCUAUUGUUGAUUUUGAAAGUUCUUCAUAUAUUUUAUCAGAUUAUGUAAUUCACAAUUGUUUCCUACUAGUCUAUAGCUGUCUUUUAAGUCUCUCAACAGUGUCUUUAGCAAAGUUUAAAAUUUUUAUCAAUGGUGUGGCAGACCUCUCCUGUCGUGCCUGCUGCUCCCCUUGGCAGUGUAUUUCGUCAGUCUGCCUGUUCUGUUCCCCGCUCUGUCUCUGGUGAAUCCUCUCACCCUCCUGCACAUCUGGCCUGUA